CGGCAUACUAGCGUAAGGUUUCAUUUCUACUUCAUUGGUUUCUUCAUAUUCGGUUACCUUGUUAUAUUCUAUUUCAUUUUUCUCAUUGUUAAAAUACAAUAAAAUAUGUCCCUUCAUUAACAAUAUAUUUUAUUGAAGGUGCAUAUUAUUUUUAAAAAAUGUCUAAUGAACGAACAAGACUUCUACAACCCAGUCAAAAUCAGUACAUUUUGCAAUCUAAUGUAAUUAAAGAAAGAACGCGUAGAGUCGAACAAUUUCAGUGUUGUAUAUGUACUAGCUUCAUCAUAAUAAUUAUUACAGCUUUAGUAGUAGCUGUUUCUUAUAUCAAUUUAUCUCCAGAGGAGUCAAAUGAAACCCUUUCAAACGAUAAUUCAAAUAUAUCUACUAAUAAUUCUAUACCUUCAGAUCUUUUCUUAAAACUAUUUGAAGUGUUACCCUGGCCAAUUGAGGAUAACUCAGAGCCAGCAAAAUUUAUACUACACAGUGAUUUAAAUGAAUCUAUAUCAGAAGGUCAGAAAUAUUUACAAGAAAAGGACGCUUCUGAAGAAUAUAAUUCUCCUCUGAAGUUGAACAGUCCCAGUUUUAAACAUCAAAAAGUAAUGGCAACUAAUGAGAAAGCUAGAAAUUUUUCUCGCAAAGCUUAUGAAUUUGAAGGUGCCACAAGAUAUUUUUACAACACACAUUACAAUCCUAGUUCCAUUAAUAAAAUUUGUUUCACUAAUAUAACUGAUCCGAUGUUGUUGGAUUUAUGUUUCGUUACAAUCAGCUGCAAUAUUUUUCAUAAGUAUCGUUCUUAUAAUGGUUCGUGCAAUAAUUUAAACCAUCCUACGACAUUUGGAGUGGCUUACAGACCUUUUCGAAGAUCCUUACCUCCUGAUUAUGCCGACGGUAUCAGUAAACCACGUAGAUCUAAGACUGGGGAAAGCCUACCUUCUGCGCGAACUGUCAGUUUAGAAGUCCACAGGCCUUAUUACAGAGACGAUUCCAAAUUUUCUGUAAUGUUAGCAGUGUGGGGCCAGUUUUUAGAUCACGACAUAACUGCCACAGCUUUGAACCAGAAGAAAAACGGUGAAAGUAUUUCCUGUUGUCAAAAUAAUACUUUGCCUUCUGAGUGUUUUCCUGUUGUUCUACCUAAAGAUGACCCUUAUUCCAAACAUAAUGUCUCUUGUAUGGAGUUUGUAAGGUCUGCCCCAGCACCCACGUGUUGUUUAGGUGCAAGGGAGCAAAUGAAUCAAGCCACAGCUUUUAUUGAUGGUUCGGUAGUUUACGGUAUUGAUGAUAGCGCUGUAUAUUCCUUAAGGUCUAUGAAAAACGGACUUUUAAAAAUGUAUAUUACCAAGGAAAAUAGGAGCUUACUUCCUGUGUCUGAAGACAUGAAUGACGGAUGUAAUAGGGAGGAAGAAAAACUUAAAGGAAGAUAUUGCUUUUUGUCGGGAGAUUCUAGAGCAAAUGAAAAUUUGCACUUAACUAGUAUGCAUCUGAUAUGGGCGAGACAACAUAACAAUUUGGCUAGUCAAUUACUUAUUAUAAAUCCUCAUUGGAGCGACGAGGUGAUUUUUCAAGAAUCUAGACGCAUCUUGGGAGCGCAGAUGCAGCAUAUAACUUAUAAUGAAUUUUUACCUAUCCUUUUAGGAGAAAAUGUUAUGUAUAAAUACCAGUUAUCCCCUGAAAAAUACGGAUACUCUUAUAAGUAUAAUCCUACGAUGGAUCCAACUAUAGCAAAUGUUUUUUCCACAUCCGCUUUCCGUUUUGCUCAUUCCUUAAUACCGACUUUAGUAAAACUAUUAGAAAAUAAAACGUCAACUCCCGAAUAUGUUCGAAUGCAUAAAAUGCUUUUUGAUCCCUUCAAAUUGUACGAAGAUGGUGAGCUAAACAAAGCACUGAAAGGGGCGAUGUAUACUAAUAUUGAAGCAUCUGAUCCUUAUUUUUCUAACGAAGUCAAGUCUCACUUAUUUGAAGAAGCUAGAAGUAAUACAAGCCAUGUAUGUGGAUUAGAUUUGGUUUCUCUGAAUAUACAAAGGGGUAGAGAUCAUGCGUUGCCUGGGUAUAUUUUUUGGAGAGAGCACUGCGGCUUAAUGAAAACCAGAAGUUUUGAUGACUUGCAAGGUGUUAUGGAAUCAUCGGCUUUACAGAGUAUUAGAGCUAUUUACAAAAAUGUUGAAGAUAUCGACGUAUAUACUGGGGCUUUGAGCGAAAAACCUAUUAGAGGAACUAUUUUAGGCCCAACUUUUACUUGUUUAAUACUGGAUCAAUUUAUAAGACUUAAAUUUGGGGAUAGAUAUUGGUAUGAAAAUGCUAAAAUGCCGCAAGGAUUUUCCAUAAACCAGUUAAACGAAAUUCGAAAGACUACUUUAGCUGGAAUAAUCUGCGAUAAUGCAGAUAAUUUAACGACAAUUCUCCCUUUUGUCAUGAAAAAAACAACGAAAAAUAAUAUGGAAAUAGCUUGUAAUAGAGUACCAAAACCAAAUUUACUUCUGUGGAAAGAACAAUUUACACAAAUAAAUAUGUAUAAACAGCCUAUUUCUAAUUAUGUAAAGAACUAAGCUUGUAUUUGUUAAUAUUAUAUACAGGACACACUUUAAUAAAUAGCUGUUAUUGAAAA